CAUCAAGGUGACAGCUCCGGCAGCCAAUGGGGCGUUGGCGCGGGUGAGGCGGGCCGAGCGCCGCCGCCAUUUUGUGAGUCUAUAACACGGAGCGGUUGGUUCGUUCCUGUUAUUCCGGCGCCUCCACUCCGUUCCCGACGGGUCUCCUCCGUAUGCAAUGGACGGCAUUGUCCAAGAUAUAACAGUUGGUACAAAGCGGGGAGCUGAGGAGCUUUUCACUGCUUGUGUUACUAACGGACCCUUUAUCAUGAGCGGCAACUCUUCUGCAGCUAAUGGAAACGACAGCAAAAAAUUCAAAGGUGAUAAUAGAAUUGCUGGGGUGACCUCCCGGGUGAUCCAUGUCCGUAAGCUCCCCAGUGACGUCACGGAGGCAGAGGUCAUUUCUUUGGGCUUACCUUUUGGCAAGAUCACCAAUCUUCUGAUGUUGAAAGGAAAAAAUCAGGCUUUCAUAGAAAUGAACACAGAGGAGGCAGCCAACACCAUGGUAAACUACUACACCACAGUCACUCCAGUCCUUCGGAACCAGCCCAUCUACAUUCAGUUUUCCAACCACAAGGAGCUGAAGACAGACAACUCUCCAAACCAAGCACGUGCCCAAGCAGCUCUGCAAGCAGUGACUGCUGUUCAGAAUGCAGCCCCUGCAGCUGUGGAUGCAGGAAUGGCCAUGGCUGGCCAGAGCCCUGUCCUGAGGAUCAUCAUUGAGAAUCUCUUCUAUCCUGUUGCUCUAGAUGUUCUGCAUCAGAUUUUUUCCAAAUUUGGUACAGUGCUGAAAAUAAUUAUGUUCACGAAGAACCACCAGUUUCAGGCCCUGUUACAAUAUGCUGACCCUCUGAGUGCUCAGCAUGCCAAGCUGUCUCUGGAUGGGCAGAACAUCUACAAUGCCUGCUGCACGCUGCGUAUAGAUUUCUCCAAGCUCACGAGUCUCAAUGUAAAAUACAAUAAUGACAAGAGCAGAGAUUACACCCGACCUGACCUACCUUCUGGGGAUAACCAGCCCACUCUGGAUCAGACCAUGGCAGCUGCUUUUGGUGCCCCAGGAAUAAUCUCUCCUUCUCCAUAUGCAGGAGCUGGAUUUCCUCCUACCUUUGCAAUUCCUCAGGCUGCAGGUACUGUAUUUCGCCUGACAAUUCCCAAUGUUCAUGGAGCACUACCUCCUUUGGCUAUCCCAGCAGCUGCAGCGGCUGCAGCAGGACGGAUUGCCAUUCCCGGCCUCACUGGGGCAGGGAACCCUGUUCUGCUGGUUAGCAAUCUGAAUUCUGAGAGAGUUACACCCCAAUGCCUCUUUAUUCUUUUCGGAGUCUAUGGUGAUGUGCAGAGGGUGAAGAUUUUAUUUAAAAAGAAAGAGAAUGCCCUAGUUCAGAUGACUGAUGGGAACCAGGCCCAGCUUGCCAUGAGCCACUUGAAUGGUCAGAAGCUCCUGGGGAAGCCAAUCCGUAUCACGUUGUCCAAGCACCAGACAGUGCAGCUUCCCAGAGAUGGACAGGAGGACAAUGGUCUGACCAAGGACUAUGGGAAUUCUCCUCUACAUCGUUUCAAGAAACCAGGCUCUAAAAAUUUCCAAAAUAUCUUUCCCCCUUCUGCCACUCUUCAUCUGUCCAAUAUCCCGCCUUCAAUAACUGAAGAAGACCUUAAGAUGUUAUUUUCAAGCAAUGGUGGCAUGGUCAAAGGAUUCAAAUUCUUCCAGAAGGACCGUAAGAUGGCUCUGAUCCAGAUGGGCUCUGUGGAAGAAGCCAUUCAGUCACUCAUUGACCUCCACAAUCAUGACCUGGGUGAGAAUCAUCACCUGCGUGUGUCCUUCUCAAAGUCCACCAUUUAAAGCUUUGGAAGGCCUGAGACAAAAUGGACUUGACUUAAAACCUCUUGGGUUCAGCCUUGACCUUUUAAAGGCUGAACACUAGGGUUUCAACUUCCAUCAUUCCAGAAAAAAAAGCCACUUUAAAAAUGCAGCUGAAGUGACCUUAAAAGACCAGAGAUUUUAUUUUUUUAAAGAUAAAUCAGUUUACCGGUUUUUAAAAAAAAAAAAUUAAAUCUAAUUCAUAUUGCUAACCUUGCGGUGAUGGGUAACAAUCUUGACUGUUCAAAUAAAAAUCACAAGUUGAAGUUUACACUUUGGAACCUGCUCUGGGAAAUUUCCCCUCCCCUCCUGCUCCUCCUCCCUCAAAAAAAGCAGAUCCUAACAAGUUUAUCAGGUUUCACAUUGAUGCCUUUUUUAUUUUCUUUACCCAUCCAUGCCUUGAAAGACCUAAAACCACUGUGUAAAAUUCACUUGAGCGCCUUCGAGUCAGGAUUUUGCAAAGUGCAUGGUGUGUAGGAGCUCCCAACUCACUCAGCACAAAAAUAAGUUGCAUUGAUCUUACCUUAACUGUGCAUCUGCUGUCCUGUGCCUUAAGCCCUUCACUGCUUUGGGGAAAACAUCUGAACCUGCAGGGAGUGGAUUGGGAGAGCUGAGGGGAAAUGAGUGAGCUCUGGCUCGCUGCCUGUGGUGAAGGACAAGUGAAGCUGGCAAAGUGGAUAAAGAAAAUAUUGGGCUUUGACUCUUGAGGCAGUUGUAUCCCACUGCCUCUGAGAUGUCCCAACCUGCACAGUAGUACCCUGGGUCUUCAUGCCACUCCUGAGGCUGCGUGGGGUUUCUCACCAUCAGGUGGGAGUCGUGUGAGAUCCUCUCUCUGUCCCUAACAUUCAGGCUGAGCAGAAAGGUCUGGGUGGGGAAGGGUUCCCAGGACAAAUCACAUUCCAUUGUCCCCGUGAGUCACCAGGCUCUGCCCUUCACGAGAGCAUUGAUCAAGAGAUGAAAUUAACCACUGUUGGACACUUGUGAAGACGAAUCAUUAAGAGUUUGUCAAAAUUGUGUGUGUGUAUAUAUAUAUAUCUAAAUACUUGGCUAGGAUUUGGAGAAUUAUUGGAUAUCCCACAUUUAGAAAGGUGUUCAUGUGAGUCACCUUCGUGCCCCUAAUUUGAGAUUAACAAGACCAGUGUAGCUCUGCCAUCAUUCUUAUAGCAUGUCUUCAGCAGUUGAGCUUUUUGUUUUAAUUCUUGUAUUAUACUUUUUGAUGCCGUUGCUGUCAUCUGUGCCUAGCAAUAUUUCCAGUUGACCAAAUAUUCUAAUCUCUUUAUAUGCAAAAGAAAUAGUUUAAGUACCUUUUUAUAGAAUGAUAAGAUGGUAUAAACGUAAUCUAAAUUUACUCCUUUGUGGUAUUACCCUUGUAUACUGUACUUUCUUUUUUUUUUCUUUUUUUUUUUUUCUUUUCUUUUUUUUUUUGUAAUUGAAACUGUAGUGCAGGAAUCUAGUUACCAGGCUGAGGUCAUGACUGAGGGUGAGUAAUGUAAUGAAACCAAUAAAACGUGGUAAGCAAAGUGUUGGAGAUAACAAGCACGAGUAGCUUGUGAAUUGAAUUAAAAGGACCCAGGCUAAAGUUUUUACUUUUUUUAACCUGUAAGCCCAAAUCUUUUAAAUUAUAGGAAGGCAAAUGAAAGUAGAAUGCAUCAGGUUGUUGUUUUCUCAGUGAUACAACCAUUUUGUUUUGUUUCUGGCUUACAACUCUUUCCCAGGCCAUUCUGCCUUCUCUUGUGUGUAAUCCGAUGUUGCCUUACAUUUCCCUCUAACCUGCAACCUGUUCGGAUGCAAAAUAACAAAAGAAUCUUGUACUUUUUUUCAGGGUUUUUCUGCAAAUUGUGGACCAAAGUUUGUUUUUUAAUCGUCUUAGUGUUGCAAGUUACGAUUUCCUUGCUUAGUGUGGGAGCUCUUGACUUGUCUAGCACUGAGUGUUUGGAAAAGUCUUAACUUUUCAUAGUUCCUCCCUGAACUCGAGGAUGUGAAUUAUGCUGGAGAAGUGUGUGGAGUCUGAGUGAGGGUCCAGCUCGGGUUGCUGGGAUGAGGUUGGUCUGAUCCCUGCCUUCCAGAGGCUCCAUCUCGGGUCUGUGGAGCAGGGAGAAGUUGGUGACCUCUGGUGAGCUUGGUCACGGCAGCCCCGAGCUCACCAGAGAGCUCCGGGUGUUUUUCCCAACCCUUCACCCCUCCGGAGAGGUCCAGGUGUUUUUCCCAACUCUUCCCUCUCCAGAGGGUGGAUCCAGGGGUCUGGGUAGCUGUCAGUUUGCUGUUCUCCCUCCCCAGGGGAAGGUUUGGGGAGGCCCUGGCUGAGGAUCCCCAGGCAACCCGAGCGGAACCGCUGUGGUUUGUGUUAAAUGUGUUCAAUCGGCCUCCCCCGGGGCACUGGGGAGAGGUUCAUUGGAGUGAAACCUGUCUGGUGGCCUUCAACAUGGAUUUGGUCAACCCACAGGCUAGAUGUAAUUUGCAAAAUGUAAGCAAAUUAAUUGAGGUAACCCCAAACCCAGGCAAUUGUGGGUUUUUUCCUUUGGAUCCCUGUGUUUGCAUGUAAAGAAUGUGAGUAACAAAAGGGUGUACAUAUUUAUAAUUUUUUUAUACCUGUUGUAAGACAUGAGGGGGCAGCAAAACCCAGUUUUUUAUGGUGAACAGAUGUAUUGUAUAUUUUGAUAACAGCUAUUACAGGUUCAGUAUUGUGGAAGGUGGGGUGGGGAGGGUAAGCAUACACAACAUCAGAAUUCCAUUGCCUCUUUCAAAGAAUGUUUGUAAUGCAAAAAGAAAUGAAAUUAAAACUAUUUUAUAACAA